AUGAAGGCGUACCUCGAAUAUCUCACGGCGGCGCUGCCGCUGCUCAGCCUGGGCGCGGCUCAGGGCGUGGGCACGCAGCAGAGCGAGACGCACCCCAAGCUCACAUGGAAGAAGUGCUCGGGGUCCGGGUCGUGUCAGACGGUCAACGGCGAGGUGGUGAUCGACCACAACUGGCGCUGGCUGCACGACUCCAACAACAAGAACUGCUACGACGGCAACAAGUGGACCGACGCGUGCAGCUCGGCCACCGACUGCGCGUCCAAGUGCCAGCUCGAGGGCGCCAACUACGGCACCACGUACGGGGCGUCGACCAGCGGCGACGCGCUGACGCUCAAGUUCGUCACCAAGCACGAGUACGGCACCAACAUCGGGUCGCGCUUCUACCUGAUGAACGGCGCGUCCAAGUACCAGAUGUUCACGCUCAUGAACAACGAGCUCGCCUUCGACGUCGACCUCUCGACCGUCGAGUGCGGCCUCAACAGCGCCCUGUACUUUGUGGCCAUGGAGGAGGACGGCGGCAUGAAGAGCUACUCGAGCAACAAGGCCGGCGCCAAGUACGGCACGGGUUACUGCGAUGCCCAAUGCGCCCGUGAUCUCAAGUUCGUCGGCGGCAAGGCCAACAUCGAGGGCUGGAAGCCGUCCACCAACGAUGCCAACGCCGGUGUCGGCCCCUACGGCGGCUGCUGUGCCGAGAUUGAUGUGUGGGAAUCCAACUCGCACUCGUUCGCCUUCACCCCGCACGGGUGCGAGAACAACAAGUACCACGUCUGCGAGGACUCGAACUGCGGCGGCACCUACUCGGACGACCGGUUCGCGGGCGACUGCGACGCCAACGGGUGCGACUACAACCCGUACCGCAUGGGCAACACCGACUUCUACGGCAAGGGCAAGACGCUGGACACGAGCAAGAAGUUCACGGUGGUGACGCAGUUCCAGCAGAACAAGCUCACCCAGUUCUUCGUGCAGAACGGCCAGAAGAUCGAGAUCCCCGGCCCCAAGCACGAGGGCAUCCAGGGCGACAGCGCCGCCAUCACGCCCGAGCUGUGCUCGUCCAUGUUCCAGGCCUUUGGCGACCGCGACCGCUACUCCGAGGUCGGCGGCUUCGACGCCAUCAACCAGGCCCUGUCGGUGCCCAUGGUGCUGGUCAUGUCCAUCUGGGACGACCACUACGCCAACAUGCUCUGGCUUGACUCCAGCUACCCGCCCGAGAAGGCCGGCCAGCCCGGCGGCGACCGUGGCGACUGCCCCCAGGACUCGGGCGUUCCCUCCGAUGUCGAGUCCCAGCACGCCAACGCGAAGGUCGUGUGGUCUAACAUCCGCUUCGGCCCGAUCGGCUCGACCGUCAAAGUCUAA